AUACCAUCUACAUAUAUAUUAUAAAUAGUAGAGGAAGGAAAGCAAUCGUCUCUCUGUGUCUCUCAUCCAAUCAGGUGCCUUGGUCUCUCUCUCUCAGCUUUGGCGUUCGUGAUGCGUCGUUCUGGUGCUGCUGCAUCUAAGAAGAAAUCGGAUUCAAUCACAUCUUCAGCCACGGAUCUCUUUCGCUCAGCAUCGAGUAAGGCGACGACUAAAGAAAUGGAUCGAAUAGAUCAUUUGUUUAAUCAGUAUGCCAAUUCAUCUUCCAAUCUCAUUGAUCCUGAAGGAAUAGAGGAGCUCUGUUCCAAUUUGGAUGUUCCUCAUACUGAUAUCAGAAUCUUGAUGCUUGCUUGGAAAAUGAAAUCUGAGAAACAAGGCUACUUUACUCAGGAGGAGUGGAGAAGAGGCCUUAAGGCUUUAAGAGCUGAUACACUCAGUAAACUGAAGAAAUCCCUCCCCGAGCUCGAGAAAGAGGUCAGGAGGCAAUUAAAUUUUGCAGAUUUCUAUGCUUAUGCCUUCCGCUAUUGCUUAACAGAGGAAAAGCAGAAGAGCAUAGACAUAGAGACUAUAUGUCAACUCCUCGAGAUUGUCAUGGGAUCUACAUUCCGACCCCAAGUUGACUACUUUGUCGACUACUUAAAGAUCCAAAACGACUACAAAGUCAUAAACAUGGAUCAAUGGAUGGGCUUUUACAGGUUCUGCAAUGAGAUAAGUUUCCCGGAGAUGACGGAAUACAAUCCAGAGCUUGCAUGGCCUUUGGUUCUCGACAAUUUUGUUGAGUGGAUUCGUGAAAAACAAGCCUGAAAAGCUUUUACCCUGUAUCGAUCGGUGUUUGGUUUUUGCAGGAUCGUUGGUUCCUUCUCAACAAACAGAUUCAGCAAGACUUUUAUUUCAGUUUCUUCAAUCCUUCAAAAACAUUGUUUAAAAACAAACAACACAUUAUAUGAUUUUUGUUACAUGUGAUUAACUUCAAUAGAGGGGAACACACUAUGUUUGAAAUACUA